ACACACUCACGUACCCUGGAGGAAUGCUCUCUGUACAUGUCUAUGCCUCCAUAUCUCAACUUUUAAACACUGGCAAUCGGGAAGUGGAAGAAGAGAGAGCGUGAGAGUGAGUGAGAAAAAGAGGAAGGGAGAGAGGGAGAGAGAGUGUGCGUGGGAGAGAGAGAGAGCGUCUCAACAGCAGAACAACAGAAAGUCUCAGAAAGACUUUGGAAGAGAAGAGAGCUCAACACACACACACACACACAGACAGACUAAUACUUGAGCUUCUCAUCUCCUCACAGAGUUCUUGCACACACCUGUGCUCAUUCAGUAAAGCACACUUCAGAGACCUGGAAGGUAUCUGUGGGUUGGCUGAUGGUCAGUUGGAGCACGUGCAUAUCAGCAGUAUAGUGAGGAGUCGCUCCUCCACCCGUGCCAUGGAUCAUAGGAGACGUCCCACGGUGGCUCCUUACUGCAGCGCUGGGUUAGGACAGCCCUCUCUCCUGAGGUGGACACUCACACUCACACACUGACUCAGGUGUCAAACUGAAGACACCACUCGCGUGUCUCUGGACUCCCAUCUGGACUUUGCCUGGAGUUUUUUUUUUUUUUAUCCACAUUUGGACAUUGAUUGGGCUCACUUAUUUUUGUUUUGUUUGGUUUGGUUUCACCUCCUGUGAAAAUGGCCAAAAGUCGGCACAUUUACCAGAGUCCGACUCACGUCACUGUGGGCCACUGGAAGAAGCCAGCCAGAACCUCAGAUUUAUUUGAAAUGAUUGAGAGAAUGCAGGGCAACAGAAUGGAUGAACAGAGAUGUACCCUUCCGCCCCCGCUCAAAACAGAGGAAGACUACAUUCCUUAUCCCAGCGUCCAUGAGGUGCUCGGCAGAAAGAGCCCCUUCCCCCUGAUCCUGCUACCCCAGUUCGGCGGAUACUGGAUCGAGGGGACCAAUCAUGAGCUGAGGAGCGGCAGCGGUGGAGACCCUGAGCAGCUCCUGUCUCCCACGUCGCACGUCAAACUGGAGAGCAACACCACCGCCAAGAUCUACAGGAAGCAGUUCCUGGGCAAGGAGCACUUUAAUUACUACACGGUGGACAGCGCCCUCGGCCACCUGGUGUUCUCUGUGAAGUAUGACGUCAUCGGUGACCAGGAGCACCUUCGGCUCAUGCUCAGAACUAAAUUGAAAACGUACCAUGAUGUGAUCCCAAUAUCGUGCCUGACAGAGUUCCCCAAUGUGGUCCAGAUGGCCAAGCUUGUCUGUGAAGAAGUGAACGUGGAUCGUUUUUUCCCAGUGCUUUACCCAAAGGCUUCAAGGCUUAUAGUCACCUUUGAUGAACAUGUCAUCAGCAACAACUUCAAGUUUGGUGUCAUCUACCAGAAAUUCGGACAGACCUCGGAAGAAGAGCUCUUCGGAAACAAUGAGGAGAGCCCGGCCUUUGUGGAGUUCUUAGAAUUUAUCGGCCAGAAGAUCGAGCUGCAUGACUUCAAAGGUUUCCGUGGAGGGUUGGAUGUGACGCAUGGACAGACGGGGACUGAGUCGAUCUACACCAACUUUCACAACAAGGAGAUUAUGUUCCAUGUGUCCACCAAGCUCCCGUACACGGAAGGGGACACGCAGCAGCUGCAGCGGAAGAGACACAUCGGGAACGACAUCGUCGCCGUGAUGUUCCAGGACGAGAACACGCCCUUCGUGCCCGACAUGAUUGCCUCCAACUUCCUGCAUGCCUACGUCGUGGUGCAGGUGGAGAACCCCUGCUCAGACAACGUGCUAUACAAGGUGUCAGUAACAGCCAGGGACGACGUCCCGUUCUUCGGCCCCGCGUUGCCAGACCCGGCCGUCUUUAGGAAAGGACCGGAGUUUCUCGAGUUCCUGCUCACCAAGCUCAUCAACGCGGAGUAUGCGUGCUACAAGGCUGAGAAGUUUGCCAAGCUAGAGGAGCGCACAAGGACAGCCCUGCUGGAGACUCUGUAUGAGGAGCUGCACAUCAAUAGCCAGGCCAUGAUGGGGCUGGGCGGCGAGGAGGAGAAGCUGGAGAAUGGCAGCGGGGGAGGAGGGGGCUUCUUCGAGUCCUUCAAGCGGGUGAUCCGCAGCAGAAGCCAGUCAAUGGACGCCAUGGGCCUCAGUAGCAAGAAGCCGCCCACAGUCUCCACUAGUCACAGCGGAAGCUUUAUCCACAGCCUACCAGAGACCCCCAAAGUCCCUGUGCUAUCAUUGCUUGUCCCAGGGAAAAGUCCCAGUAAAUAUGGACGUCGAGGCAGCGCCAUAGGCAUAGGAACGAUAGAAGAGUCUCUUAUCAUUCCGGGGAAAAGCCCGACCCGGAAGAAGUCGGGUCCCUUCAGCUCCCGAAGGAGCAGUGCCAUCGGUAUUGAGAACAUCCAGGAGGUGCAGGAGCGAAGGCUUGCAGCGGUGUGGUCAGAGGACAGGACAGUGCUGUGUGUGGCUCUGCCCUCUGUCAGACUGAGGAUUAGGAGGCUAAGCAUCGACCAUUCAAACAGGGAGUGCUCUCCAAGUACACAGAAAACCCCUGACAGCGGCCAUGCCUCCCAGGACCCCAAGUCAGACAAUUCCUCCAGUCAGAGUUCACCUGAGGUGGUCACAGCCAAGAACAGUUCUGCCCUGUGCUGCAGGGCGCCAUCCAUCCCAGAGGCACAGGACCUGUCACGCUCCUCGUCUAAUGCCAGCAGCUUCGCCAGUGUAGUGGAGGAGACCGAGGCCGCCGAGGACUAUGACACGGGCAUGGAGAGCCUGUCAUCUGCUGGGACGCCACAUAAGAGGGACUCAUUCACAUACAGCACAUGGCUGGAGGACAGCGGGAGCAGUACCAACACGGCCAGCAGGGGGAACUCUCCUGCAUCCAAUAGGAAUCAGCCUCCUGAGGCUGGGAAGGGCCCCGAUGCCAAGACAGAUGUUCGCAUCAAACUGGAACGACCACACAACCACAAAUCGCCAUCGUCAUCAAACUGCUAGCCUCUCCCACCCGAUUGCUUCAUGGAUGUCCUUCCACAGCAUUCCCAUAAGAAACACCCCCUCAAGGAGACAAGGCGCGCUCGAGUCUUUGCCGUAACCAAUGACGACAACGAUAAUGAGGAAGAUGCCAGCCAGCUGACGGCAUGAGAAGCCUGGGUAGACGUGCGUGUCCCCAACUUUAACCCCCCCUCGGGGUUAUCAUGCGACCUUGACACCAUGUGACCCUGUUUCCCCAGCCCUCAGUCGUCCCACUGGCUGAGAUGGAGUGGAGAGAGAGAGAGACCUCAUGUGCACUGUGCUUCUCUGUUUUUCGUCCUUUCCUUCAGUGGCCUGUUCAUUCCAUAUCAUACCUUUCUUUGCCUAAAUCUAUUUUUUUCCAGGGAUUUUUUUUAAAUAUUUGUUUUUUGGGGAUUUUUUUGGAGGGGGGUGGCUCUGUUCUUCUGAAAUGCACUUCCUUCCAUCCGGUCAGUCUUUGGGAUUGAUUCUCUCACAGUGAAUAUGCUGAUUAUUUAUUGUCUGUUGUGAAUUUUAAUACAUUGCACAGGGUAUGGUGAAAGAGUGCCAUUGGAUUUGCCAGAUAAGUAUAGAAAUGAGAGGAAACAGACUUUCUUACCUGAAAGACAUGAAGGAAAUAAUGAGGUUAAACUAAGUAGAGUUUUUUUGCCAGCAUUCUGCUUUCUUGAGUCAAUUUUUAGAGUCAACUUUAACUCAAAUACAUAUCUGCGAUGAUUAUCAAUGAUGUGUGUUUAAAAUCAUGUGUGAAUACAAGAUCAUGGUUGUUUGCGAUUGACUGUAACUGGGUAUGUUUUUGUCAGUAAGAUCGCUGUGGCCAUAUGUUGAUAAGCUAAAUUGAAGUGUAUAUAUCAGCAAAUCGUGCUUUUCAAAAUGUACAUUACACUACAUGCCAAAUCCUAAUAGUAUCGCGCUAAAAUAAAACUUCCUUUGUGUUUGUGUGUUACUGAAUUAUUCGUCAUUCAAAGUAAAGACAUGAUGUUGCCUUAAAUAUAUAUUUAAAAUGCAGUUCAUAGAUCCUUAAAACUACGUCAAGAACAGGCUGUAUAUCAAUCCACUUUCCCUCAGUUCACAGAGAGCUGGAGUCACUAUUCAACGUUUAAGAUGAAGUAUACAUGAGGUGUUUCGUUCUCUGCAAAAUAUCAGAAGUAUCGUAGUGAUGUCUCGCCAUGGCUUGUCACACUGAUGAGGUCCUUAUGACUUUUGUGAUGCUGAAAAUGAACCAAAGGUAUAUCUGGCUUUUCCUCCUUUUGUACAAAACAUGAAACUAUUUCACCAUUCCUCUCUUGUUACACACCACAAUACACGCCAGUGUUUUAACAUGAACAGAUCUCGUAGUGAUCCUUCACAUGGAGGCUUCCCUGCUUUAUGUGCCAUCCAUUAGACAGAUUAUGCUAGGAUUAUAUUAGAUUUGUGUUUUAAAUGUUUUUUUGUUGUUGUUUUUUUGUUUGUUCCCGAAGACCUGCUACUUUUAUAAUGUAUGCCUGUCUCCUACAGGUUUGUGAAGCUUCUAGAGUGUCACUAUGUGCAUGUAAGCCUUCGCCAUGGCAACCAAACCUUAAACGGCCCUUCUCCACAGUUGAUAGGCUGAUAU